AUGCGCCCAAUCCUCAAAAAGCUACCUAAAACCAUAUUCCCCUCGCUAUGCAGGACGACGCACACAGCAACCUACUACACUCAACCAUCAGCUGCCUACUUUGACCUCAAUCGACAGAGUGAGCUUGCAGUAUCCACCACCCCAAGAGACAUUUCCAAAGAACAACGAGAAUCGUUGCAUAAUGCGUUGCGCAUCGACCAGGCAGGAGAAAUCGCAGCAAAUUGGAUUUACAAGGGCCAAUUGGUCGUUUUAGGCCAUGAUCCAACAGUAGGACCUCUUAUUCAGGAAAUGUGGCACCAAGAACAAAAACAUCUUACGGUCAUGGACAGAUUGCAAGUUCAGCAUCGCGUACGACCUACCGUAUUAAGUGAGGUCGCAAAGGUCGCGGGUUUUGGACUCGGAGUCGUAACUGCUCUCAUGGGUAAGGACGCAGCAAUGGCAUGUACAGAAGCGGUGGAAACCGUCAUAGGCGAACAUUAUGAUGAGUGAAAUAAAACUCAUAACGAACUUAGUCAAUUGAAGGAAUUUGAAUUGCUGCCUUCCGAACACCCAAGCAUCCCACUUUUGAGAGACGUUGUUCGCGAGUUCAGGGACGACGAGUUGGAACAUCUCGACAUUGCAGUAGAAAAUUUCUCACAGCGGGCACCGGUGCAUGCGUUACUUAGUGCGGUGGUUGGAGCCGGCUGCAAGGUGGCAAUAGAGAUGUGCAAGAGAAUUUGA